AUGACAUCGGGAAGUUCAAGAUCCAAGGUCAUUGUCUUGGCUGGAACAGCGGGAACUGGUAAAUCUACCAUUGCAGCAAAGCUGGUAGAUCUGUACAAGGCUUCGUAUCCUGGUCUUGGGUUUUUAGAGGGUGAUACAGUGCAUCCACCUGAAAACAUCGAAAAAAUGAGCCAUGGUGUCCCUUUGACGGACGACGAUAGAUGGGGAUGGCUUCAAAAAGUGAGUGAACUAUCAGCUCAAAGCUCCAGGGAUCAUUCGGGACUGUGGGUUGUGACGUGCUCGAGCUUGAAGAAAAAGUACCGAGACCUUAUGCGUUCGCAUAGGCCAGAAACGGAUUUUUACUUUUUGUUCUUGUUCGCUGACAGAUUGUUGAUCUUAGACCGUGUUACCAAAAGGGAGGGCCAUUUCAUGAAAGCCAACAUGAUUAACUCGCAAUUUAGCGAUUUGAUGCUUCCUGAGCCGGACGAAGAUUUGGCUUCGACCGUCGACGUGGACAACAAAUCUGUUGAACAAGUUGUGCAAGAGUGUCAUGCAGACUUAAAGACAUUUGUUACUGAAUGA